AUGAAUGUUGAGAAAUAUACAAGAAGAACUAGAUGUGCAAUAUGUUCGCGUGUUUCUUUCAACAAAGAGAAUACAGAUCAAAAUCCUUGUGAGACAUAUUUACUUCAAUUUUUAAUUGAAUUACAAGAAAAACUUGAUAAUCAAAAUAAAAUAGAUGAACAUUUUUCUAAUUCAAUUUUUGAUGAUGAAGAUGAUAUUAAUCAAACAUCAUGUAAUGGUUUAACAUUGAUGCAUAUUAAUGUUCUUGGUGGUCGAAAUGAUUCUUCUGCAAAUGACUCUGAAGAAGAAAAUAAUACGUUCGUUCCACUAUAUGAAGAAUCAAUAGCAUUGAAAAUUUAUCAAGUUCUUUUGAAACGUGGUGCUUCACCCAAUGGAAAUUCUAUUUAUGAAAUGCGUCCAUUACAUAUUGCUAUUCGAAGACAAUGGUUACAAGUUAGUCGACUUUUGUUAGAAGCAGGUGCUAAUCCCAAUGUUCCUGAAAAAGAUAUAUAUGCUUCUCAACCUAUGGAUAUUGCUGUACUCAAUGAUGAUCCGGAAAUGAUUGAAUUACUUCAUCAAUAUGGUGCUUCUAUAAAUGGAUUUAAAUCAAUGUUUCAUCUUACACCACUUGCUGAAGCAUUUACUCGAGGAUAUUUUGAUGUAUUCAAAAUUCUUUUAGAACUUGGCGCUAAACCAAUAUUAAAUCUUGAUCGAAAUAUAUUUCGUUCAUUUGGCACACAAUUAUUUGAUACUGGUAUAAAAGGACGACGCCAUUUUAUACAAUUAAUGUAUGAUCAUGGAGGUAAUAUUGAAUCUCAAUUCAAAUUACAUGCAAUGCGUGUUGAACCUGAUGGUAUUAUUCAGCAUCAACCACGUUUAAAAUUUAGUUGUGAUCCUAUUUGUAUUGCUGAUCUUGAUUCAGAGAUAUUUAAAAAAUGGAUUUGUGAAUCUCGUUCAUUAAAAGAACUUUGUCGUUUAACUUUACGUCGUUAUUUUUUUAAUACAUUUGACGAUGGUUUUAAACGUCUUUCAGCCCUUAAAUUUCAAAUUGAAUUAGAUAAACAAUUGUAUAGUUAUAUCAUGUUUAAUAAAAAAACAUAA